GUUAUCCAAUCAGGGACGUUGGGCUGGGAACUGUCCAAUCAGACACACAGCUGGAGUGGACAGGGCGGUUUCCGGGAUGUGGCGGGGCCUUUGGCUGCAGCGGGAGCUCCAGGUCUCCUCUUCACUCCUCUGUCUUCUGCUCUUAGAGACCGUUCCUCUGUGGCCCUGUGAUCUGCAGGUAUUGGAGAUCCGCAGCUAAGAUGCCAGGACCCCCUGGAAGCCUAGAAAUGGGACUGUUGACAUUUAGGGAUGUGGCCAUAGAAUUCUCUCUGGAGGAGUGGCAAUGCCUGGACACUGCACAGCAGAAUUUAUAUAGGAAUGUGAUGUUAGAGAACUACAGAAACCUGGCCUUCCUGGGUAUUGCUGUCUCUAAGCCAGACCUGAUCACCUGUCUGGAGAAAGAAAAAGGGCCCUGGAAUAUGAAGCGACAUGAGAUGGUGGAUGAACCCCCAGGUAUAUGUCCUCAUUUUGCCCAAGAUCUUUGGCUACAGCAGGGCAUGGAAGAUUCUUUUCAAAAAGUAAUACUGAGAAGAUACGAAAAAUCUGGACGUGAUAAUUUACAGUUAAGCAAAAGCUAUAAAAGUAUGGAUGACUAUAAUAUGCACAAAGGAAGUUAUAAUGGACUUAACCAGUGUUUCACAACUACCCAAAGAAAAGUAUCUCACUGUGGUAAAUAUUUGAAAGUCUUUUAUAGAUUUUUAAAUUCAAACAGACCUAAGGUAAGACAUACUGGAAAGAAAGCGUUGAAAUGUAAAAUAUGUGUCAAAUCAUUUUGCAUGCUUUCACAUAAAACUCAGCAUAAAAGCAUUUAUAAUACAGAAAAGUUUUACAAAUGUAAAGAAUGUAGAAAAGCCUUUAAUUGGUUCUCAACCCUUACUUAUCAUAAGAAAAUUCAUACUAAAAAGAAACCCUACAAAUGUGAAGAUGGCAAAGCUGUGAAGCAACUUUCAACCCUUACUACACAUAAAAAAAAUCAUACUGGAGGGAAACUAUACAAAUGUGAAGAAUUUGGCAAAGGAUUUAUAUGGACCUCAACCCUUACUGAACAUAAGAGAAGUCAUAGUAGACAGAAACCAUACAAAUGUGAAGAUUGUGGCAAAGCAUUUUUAUGGUCCUCAACCCUAACUAGACAUAAGAGGAUGCACACUGGAGAGAAACCCUACAGAUGUAAAGAAUAUGGCAAAGCUUUUAAUCAAUCCUUUAACCUUACUACACAUAAGAUAAUUCAUACUGGAGAGAAACCUUACAAGUGUGAAGAAUGUAGCAAAGCAUUUAUAUGGUCCUCAACCCUUACUGAACAUAAGAGAAAUCACACUAGAGAGAAACCCUACAAAUAUAAAGAAUUUGGCAAAGCAUGUAGCCAAUCCUCAACCCUAACUAGACAUAAGAGGAUGCACAGUGGGGAGAAACCCUAUAAAUGUGAAGAAUGUGGCAAAACUUUUAGCCAAUCCUCAACCCUUACUACACAUAAGAUAAUUCAUACUGGAGACAAACCCUACAAAUGUGAAGAAUGUGGCAAAGCUUUUAAUCAAUCCUUUAACCUUACCACACAUAAGAUAAUUCAUACUGGAAAGAAACCUUACAAGUGUGAAGAAUGUGGCAAAGCUUUUAAUCGAUCAUCAAAUCUUACUACACAUAAGAGAAUUCAUACUAGAGAUAAACCCUACAAACAUGAAGAAUGUGACAAAGCUUCUAGCCAAUCCUCAACUGUUACUACACAGAAGAUAAUUCAUACUAGAGAAAAACCCUACAAAUGUGAAGAAUGUGGCAAAGCUUUUCAUCGAUGCUCAAGUCUCACUACACAUAAGAUAAUUCAUACUGGAGAGAAACCUUACAAGUGUGAAGAAUGUGGCAAAGCAUUUAUCUGGUCCUCAUCCCUUACUAACCAUAAGAUAAUUCAUACUAGAGGGAAAUCUUACAAAUGUGAAGAAUGUGGCAAAGCAUUUUUAUGGUUCUCAACUCUUGCUGCACAUAAGAGAAUUCAUACUAGAGAGAAACCCUACAAAUGUGAAGAAUGUGGCAAAGCAUUUAGGUGGUCCACAACUCUAAUUAAACAUAAGAGGAUGCACACUGGAGAGAAACCCUACAGAUGUGAAGAAUGUGGCAAAGCUUUUAGCCAAUCCUCACACCUUAGUACACAUAAGAUAAUCCAUUCUGGAGAGAAACCCUACGAAUGUGAAGAAUGUGGCAAAGCAUUUAACCAAUUCUCGACUCUAACUAAGCAUAAGAGGAUGCAUACUGGAGAGAAGCUCUACAAAUGUGAAGAAUGUGGCAAAGCUUUUAAUCGAUCCUCAAAUCUUACUAAACAUAAGAUAAUUCAUACUGGAGAGAGACCUUACACGUGUGAAGAAUGUGGCAAAGCAUUUAUAUGGUCCUCAACCCUUACUGAACAUAAGAGAAUUCACACUAGAGAGAAACCGUACAAAUGUGAAGAAUGUGGCAAAGCAUUUAGUCAGUCCUCAACCCUAACUAUACAUAAGAGGAUGCACACUGGAGAGAAACCCUACAAAUGUGGAGAAUGUGGCAAAGCUUUUAGCCAAUCCUCACAUCUUACUACACAUAAGAUAAUUCAUACUGGGGACAAACCCUACAAAUGUAAAGAAUGUGACAAAGCGUUUAGCCAAUUCUCAACCCUAACUAAACAUAAGAGGAUGCACACUGGAGAGGAACUUGGCAAAUGUGAAGAAUGUGGCAAAACUUUUAAGCAACACUCGACCCUUAGUACACGCAAAAUAAUUCGUGAUAUAGAGAAACUCUACAAAUGUAAAAAAUGUGGCAAAGCUUUUAAUUGAUCCUCAAAUCUUACUACAUAUAAUUGAUACUGAAGAGAAACUUUACAAGUGUGAAGAAUGUGGCAAAGCAUUUAUAUGGUCCUCAACCCUUACUGAAUAUAAGAUAAUUCAUACUAGAGAGAAACACUACGGUUGUGAAGAAUGUGGCAAAACAUCUCUUUGGUCGUCAACCCUAAGAAAACAUAAGAGAAUGCACACUGGAGAGAAACCCUACAAAUGUGAAGAAUGUGGUAAAGCUUUCCUCAACCCUUACUACACAUAAGGUAAUUUAUACUAGAGAGAAACCCUACCAAUGUAUAGGAUGUGGCAAAGAUUUUAAGCAACUCUCAACCCUCACUAUACUUAAAAUAAUUCAUGGUGUAGAGAAACUCUACAAAUGUGAAGAAUGUGGCAAAACAUUUAUCUGGUCCCCAACCCUUACUAAACAUAAGGUAAUUCAUACUAAAGAGAAAUCUUACAAAUGUGAAGAAGGUGGCAAAGCAUUUCUAUGGUCCUCCAACCUAACUAGAUAUAAAGGGAUGCACACCGGACAGAAACCCUACAAAUGUGGCAAAGCAUUUAAAUGGUCCUCAACUCUUCCUAAACGUAAGACCAUUUAUAUUAAAGAGAAACCCUACAAAUGUAAAAAAUGUGGCAAAGCCUUUAAAUGUUUGUCACACUUGAUUUUAGAUAAGAUAAUUCAUUCUGGAGAAAACUACCAAUGUGAACAAUGUGGCCAAGCUUCUAACUAAUGCUCACAACUUAUUGCACAGGAAAGCAUUUAUACUUGAGAACAAAUAUACAAAUAUAGACAAAGUUAAAAAGCCAUUAAUACCUGCUCACAUCUUACUCAAAAUCAGCAUUCAUACUAAAUAAAAGCAUUAAAA